UAUAUGCACUAGGAAAAGAACCUUCAGUUGAAGUAAUAUUGUAGUACUAGCUAAAGAUGUGGGGUCAUCACAUAUAUUAUUACAGUAGCCAGUGAAGAUGCCACAGCAUAAUAUCUCUGCCCUGCUCUGAUGCUGGCGCAAGAACAGAGCAAACAUGGUGAGCGGCUGCAAUGCAACUGCAAGUACAUAAAAAAAAAUGAACUGCAAGUACACAUGAUUGAGUUGUCCCCGUAUAUACCCUCUCCUCCCUUAUGCUAGGAUGAUUACAAUAGCAGGCGUAAAUACAGCUAGGAAUCAACAGACGGACCGUGUACGUAUGGCCGGGUAUCUAAACUGCUCCCGUUGCAAGAGCUCUCUGCACUGCACAUGUGUGUUCGGUGUUCGUUCACUGGUGUAUAAAUACGGGGCGGCAACGGUCUAGCCAACCCACCUCAUCAUUCACUCACUCAGCUCCAGAGCGAUCGGUCGCCUCUCUUGAGCUCCCGCGCCGUAGUCAUCAUCACCAUGGCUAAGGAAGAAGAGCUCAAGAGAGUCGAUUUGAAGGUGAACGUGAGCUGCUGCGACGGCUGCAGGAGGAAGGUGAUGAAGGCCAUGAACCUCAAGGGCGUGCUGAGGACGGAGAUCCACCCAUCGCUCGACCGGGUCACCGUCGUCGGCAACGUCGACACCAAGGUGCUCGUCAAGAAGCUCGCCAAGGUCGGCAAGAUCGCCGAGGUGGUGGAGGCGGCGCCGGAGCAGCCGAAGAAGCGCGAGGGUGAUGGCGGGAAGGAUCGCGACGGCGGCGACUGGACGGCGCCGGCGCCGGCGAUGGCGGGCGAGAAGAGCAAGCGCAAGGAGGACGGCAUGGACAACAGCGGCGAUAAGCCGCCGGCGGCGUCGUCCAAGAAAGAAUGCACCAAGUGCGCGCACCAGAAACAGCAGUCCCCGCGCGGCGACGGCGGUGACGCCGAUGAUCACGGCAAGAAGGUCAAAGGCACCACCGGUGACGAAAGGAGCGCCUUCAAACAAGAAGCCGACGGCUUUGCCGCCGAGGCCAAGGCCUCCGCUCCCGACCAAGCUCCGGCGGCGGUGCAUCACCAGUACUACCGCGCCGAGCCGCCCAGCAUGGCCGUGCCCAUGCAGUACAUGCCGACGAUGCCGUACUACGCGGCGGCGAACGUGACUGCGCCGUCCUACUACAACGGCGGCGGGUACUACGCGAUGCCGCCUUCGCCGCCGGCGCCGAUGCCGUGGCAGCCUCCCCAUCACCAGCAACUGGUCCGGCCCCAGCCGUCCCGCUUCGAUGCGGACUACUUCAACGAGGACAACGCCGUUGGCUGCCACGUCAUGUGAACCUUGCAUGAUCGAUGGAGCCACAUCCCAUGGAUCGGGGACAACGCUAAUCCACCAUUUCUCCCCUUCUCCCACCAUUCCCUCGUUCAUGUACAACAUCCACCUGAUCGAUCGCCAUGAAUUAUUCAGUUUAUUUCUUGGAA